GUGAGUUUAUGCUCUGCUAAAUCGUGAGGAACACAAAGAAGUUCGCUUUUCGGCCCAGACGCACGUGGAGCUGCUGUGGUUCAUCUGUGGCCUGGAUGGAUGCGUCGGUGUUUUAUGACAGGGCAAAGGUUUGUGCGACAGGGCAGGCGGAUGUUUGCGCUCAUCAGGAGCAGGAAGACCGAACGCCCGCAGCUGGUGGGAUUCCUGCAUCUUCCAGCAUGUCUUUCAAUGAAGAUCACUCAGAUGAUUUGGCUUUGGAGCUAACAUGUCCCAUAUGCUUACUGCUGUUCAACGAGCCUGUUUCUCUACCUUGUGGUCACAUCUACUGCCUUGCCUGCCUUCAGGCCAUGGGAGAAGGCAUUGACCAGCACAGAUGCCCUGAGUGUCAGGUUGAGUAUCAAGAAACCGAGAGCCUUGGGAGAAACUUCAAGAUGUCCAGCAUCGUAGAAAGGUACAAAGCCUCGCUAGAGAAAACUGUGCAUCCUCCAGACCCUCGUUCUGUGAAAGGUCUAUCAGACACUGGGGAUGAUGGCAGCUUUCCAAAGCCAGGACAAGGUCAAGAAGAUAACGGUGAAAAGGAGACACUGGAUGGAUUUGAAGUGGGAUCUGAGCUCUGUUUAGAUGAGAAUGAAGACACCAAAGCCAACAAUGAAAUGAAAGCACCCAAGUUUAAACUGGCCUCUCAAGUCACAGAGUUGCACCUCAAGUUGGAGAUGGCUGAUGGUGUUUUGAAGAAAGAGAAGGAGCGGGAGUUGGAGGUGACCACAGCCAAUUCCUACCUGAGGGAAACAGCAGCAAACCUGCUGGGACAAAUAAAGGACUUGGUUCAGAGCUAUGGGGAUCAGGUGACGCAGAUGGUUGAGGAAGAGCUGGCUCCAAGUGAGGCUGUGGUACACAGACGAGUCAGUCAAGCGACUGAGGUGACGAAGGAGCUGCGGCAGACUGUGCUCAGAGCAGAGUCCCUGCUGACUGAAGAGGACAAGACUGCCUUUAAUGAAGAACUAUGUAGUUUACAACCACACAUUGUGGAGCUUCUGACAAAACCAGAGCAAGAAGAUCAAGACUGUGCCGAGUCAAGAAUCAACCCUGGACGGGCUUGUUCCAAGUUGGAGAACAUGAACGAUGAGCUGAGGAAAAGUCUGGCCAAGGUUCAGCGCUCCCUUCGCAACAGCCUUAACCCGUCAGAGGUGACGUUUGACCCUCAAACCGCCCACCCUAACCUCGUCCUCUCAGACGACUUGAAAACAGUGACUUUCAGUCCCACCAAGCAGCCCUACCCCUCCUGCCCUCAGAGGUUUACCAGCUUCUUCCAGGUUCUCAGCACUCAAAGCUUCUUUGGCGGUGAACACAGCUGGGAGGUGGAGCUUGAGGGCUCUCCAUGGAUCAUCGGCGUGUGCUGCAGUGAGAAGCUGGCGCGCUGUGGUCUACCAUCUGCCCUGGAGAGCAGCCGCAGCUCCUGGUGUCUGAUGUGGUUCAAUAACCUGCUGACGGCCUUUGAGCAAAGCCACAGCGUGCCCCUGAAGAAGACCACAGUGUCAUGCCGGCUGGAGAUCAAGCUGAGCUUCAAGACUCACCGGCUAAGCUUUUACAACAUCAGCCCCACCACAGGAAAAGCACAUAUCUAUACAUUCAAAGCUAGACUGACUGAACCCGUGCAUGUGGCCUACAGGUUGAUGUCAGGGCAUCCCAAAGCUCGAGUUACUAUUUAUUCAUAGUCAGAACUGGCUGUACACGAAGAACCUUCAGGAAUACUACAGAAAUUAUUUGCUAAGUAAAGAUCCGCUCUUAUAAAAA